AUGUUGAAAGCGAAGAUUAUCACCAAGUCAGUCUUGAAACACCUCGACCCAGAACGUACUCCCGCCAUUGCGGCAUUGAUGCAGGAACACGAAGGUGCAUGCCAUCCGGUGACCUUCACCAGUCGCACGCUGAAGGCAAAUGAACUCAAUUAUAGAGUGGUGGAUAAAGAGGUAUUGGCUCUUCUGCGGAUCUUGGAUGUCUGUUACUCACAACUGGUAACCAGAUCGAUCAAGGUCCUGUCGCGAUUCUCAACCUUGGCCUGGAUGCUCAAGUCGAACGGUAGGUGGGCAACACCGCUGUCGGGAUGGACGUUGGGGAUCACCAAAUGUGUAAAAGGUGAAGAAGAAAGCCUUGGAAUAAUCGCAGCUAGCAUCACUCCCAGACCCGAUGUGGAUGCAGCCCUAGUCGCGAUAGCACCAAAGAAAGAGCCACGCAAAAUGAUCACCGUGUCUCCACCGACGAUCGAACAGGACGAGGACAUCUUGGUGAGAGACGACGUGACGCACCGAAAACGAUGGAAGAAUCUAUCAUACAACGCUCAGGAAAAAGAAAAACGGAUUGCAGACCUGAAGAAGUACCUGGACGGGGAGGUGAAUGCCUUGACGUCAAAAAAGGAGAAGACAUGUUCGAAGAUUGCUGCGAAUUAUGAAGUAGACAAAAAUGGGCUGCUCUUCUUUUGCCGCAAAACGCUGCAACGAGACGAAGACCGCGAUGGCAUCGUCAGAAUGGUAGUACUCGAUAGCUUGCAGCAAGAUUUCCUUCAUCAUUAUCAUGCCAGUCUAGAAGGAGGUCACCAAGGUGUCGGAAGAAAGUACUGGAGGAUCCAAGCGAACUUCCACUGGCGUGGGUUGUAUCGAAGUGUACAACGAUACGUGGGGGAGUGCACCGAUUAUGAAACCUGGAAGGGAAAGCCAACGGGUCAGGGAGAGUCACCAGGGAAUAUACAGGGUACGUACCCUUUUGAGGUGAUCUCCAUGGACCACAUUUCGUCAUUGCCGAAGCCAUUCAAGGGGAAUACCAAACUGCUGAUUUGGGGCGUCUUGUUCACGGGCUAUGUAAUCACCAAAGCUGGACCGUCGAGAGAGGCGUAG